AUGAAUCCUCAAGCGCACACAAGCACGAACAGAACGACAACGACGAUGAACAGUAAAAACAAUAACAAUAAUUCAUCGACCACUUCGGAAGAACACGAUGUGUAUGACCAUUUUCACGUGAAUUCUUUCGAAAAUGGGAAAAAGAAAAUAAAUAGAGCAGAAGAAGAAACAAACAAUAGUCAACUGGCCUUUAUUAAUGACGGAGGUGAAGAUGACACGAUAAGCUUGAUCAAGACUUCAGGAGCAUCACAUGAAGAAGAGCCAUCACCACCUUCCUCUAUGUCGACAGUAGAGCAGGAUUCUUCUAAUGUGGUCUAUUCAUGGGUUUCUUACAUCAUGUUUUCUCUGAUAUUUCCAGUUGUACGUCAUGCGUUUAAACAAAAAUCUGUAGAUUUUCAAAAUCUGAUUGAAAUACCAACGAGCUGGAAAUUUUGUCACACCACAACAGAUUUAGAACACAUUCUAUCAAGGAAAAAGAUUACAAACUCUCGACAAUUAUUUUUCGAAUUUGUCAAAUUAUACUGGAAGAAUUUAGCAGCAAGCAUGAUUUUCAGGUUGAUCGGAUUGGCGUGUGAAGUUGGUAGAGUAUUCGCUUUGGAACGAAUUUUUCGAUAUACAGAAGACGUAUUAUCGAAACAAGAUGAAAAUUCUAAGGUGAAUGUCUUUUCAUGGGAAGUAUUGGGAUAUUUGAGUGGUUUUUGUCUUGCCAUGUUUGUAUGUAAAUGUCUAAAAUCUGCAAUGGGAUGUUAUGGAGUUAUGGUAUUGCAGCAAAUUGGUCAUUUCUCUAAGAAUUCUCUGUUGAAUGCCAUCUACAAAAAGUCAUUAAGGCUGAGUUCGAUGGGAAGAAAUACUUACACAAGUGGUACAAUUAUGAAUAUUUGCACUACGGAUACAUCGAGACUGAUUUGGUUUUACUAUCAUGUUGGAAUGUUAUCUUCGGUUGUUUUCACACUCAUCACUUGUGUGGGUCUCGUGUAUUACUUUAUUGGCGUUUCCGCUUUUGUCGGAUUUUCAAUGAUUCUGGUAAUUAUUCCACUUUCAUAUGUAUGUAUGAACUAUCAGGAGAAAUUAGAAGAAAAGGUCGAGGCUUUCCAAGACAAGAGAAGUGAAAUUAUUUCACAAAUGGUUUCUUGCAUGAGAUUUGUGAAAUUGUAUGCUUUGGAAAAGUUGUUUAGAGACAAAAUUAUGAACAUUCGAGAUGAAGAAAUGAAGACUUAUCGAAAGGCCUACAUUUCUGUUGGAGGUAUUAAUGCAAUUUGGUACUUUUACAUUCCAUCUAUUACAUUUUUGGGCUUCUUGCAUUUUUGCUACUUUAGAGAACAAACAUUAACCAUGACCAUUGCUUUUACCGUAUUGACUAUUUUAGACACUGUUCAUUUUGAAAUGAUUUUCCUACCAGAGAGUUUAAUUGACAUUUCUAAAACUUGGGCAAGCAUGAACAGAAUUUUGAAUUUUUUAAAUGCCGACGAAAUCGAGCCUCAAGAAAAUAAUGAAAUGGCUGGUGAGCAUGAAACGGCUCCAUUCAAUGAAGAAGAUGAAAACGCUCCCAUUAUUUCAUUCAAGGAUGCCACUCUGGCAUGGGAACAAGAUGAACCUGUUUUGAAGAACAUUAAUUUGGAUAUUAAGAGAGGUGAAUUUUGCGUGGUUAUUGGUCGAGUGGGACAAGGAAAAAGUUCUAUUCUAUCUUCAAUUUUGGGCGAAUUGAAACCCAUUUCAGGAAGCAUUGAAAAACAACCAGGUUGCUCCUAUUCGUAUGUUUCUCAAGAAUCAUGGAUUAGAAAUGAAACCAUUCGAGAUAAUAUCAUGUUUGGAGAGAAGUAUGAUGAGGAGAAGUACAUGAACGUUGUACAUGCGUGCAGCUUGGAGACAGAUUUCUCACAACUAAUGGCUAGUGAUUUGACAGUCAUUGGAGAGAAGGGUAUUAACUUGAGUGGAGGUCAAAAGAUGAGAGUUUCUCUGGCAAGAAGUUUCUACUCUGACACGGAUGUUUAUAUUUUGGAUGAUCCAUUGUCUGCAGUCGAUGUUCACACAGCCGACCAUAUUUUGGAGUAUGGUAUCUUUGGAUUGCUGAAAAACAAAACUGUUGUGAUGGUUUCCAAUCAUAUUCACUUCAUUCAGAAAGCUCAUAAAAUUGUUGUCGUAGAGAGUGGAUCUAUCACUCAACAGGGAACUUUUGACCAAUUAUACAACGACCCAACCAGUGAGUCUUUCAGAAAUUUGAUUAAUGAAUUUAGUAAGGUGAAUGCUGAGAAGGCCGAAAAGGAAAAAGAAGAAAAAGAUUUGUUCGAUUAUGCAAACACCCCUGAAGAUGAAGGUAAUGACUCUUCAGAUGUUGUCACACUCCCUAUGAACAACAACAAUCAUGUUUCUCGCAAUCUUGCAACAACCUUUAAGCCUCUACCUUACGACAAAGAAUUGAUUGCCAAGUACAGCAUUACAGACCAAGAGGAAGAAAAGUCAAGCGGCCUUUCCAUCAAAAAGAUUUUGAUUUUCGCUGUGGGUGUUAGUGUACUUUCAUUUGCAAGCUUGUGUCUCUUUGGAAUUAUUCAAGAAUUAUUGGAUUUAGGCCAUCACUAUAUUCUCACUUUGUGGAGCAGUGACGAAGAAUACAAAUCUCACUCACUACUCUUCUACUUGUUGGGAUAUUCCUUAACCUCAGCAGCAUUUAUAGCAGUUGACAGCUUGGGAGCUUUUGUUGGCUUGGUUCAUUAUCUCAAAACGGCCAAAAUUUACCACGAACGACUCAUGACGAGUAUCAUUAAUACCACCAUUUCAUUCUUUGACACUACCCCACUUGGAAGAAUUGUGACUCGAUUUACCAAAGAUACCAAUGCUAUUGAUGGAGAGGUGAAUUGGAGAUUGAGAGAGAUCAUACCAAACCUCAUGUUCUUUGUGGGUGGAAUAAUUUUCGUUGUGGUUGUUUCUCCUUUCUCGCUGUUGGCAGUUGUGGUGUUUGGACCAAUCAUUUACUUUAUUCAAGUAUAUUAUAGAAUUUGUUUGAGAGAGUUGGAAUCUAUUGGAGGAAUUGUGAGCAGUCCUGUAAAUUCACACAUUGCAGAAACAAUUCAAGGUCUUCAAACUAUUCGAGCUUACAACAAACAGAAAUUUGUAUAUGGUUCGUUUGUGAAAUAUGCAGAAAAUGAUUUAAGAGCCAACUUCAACAUUGACUGUAUUCACAAGUACUUUGAGAUUCGAAAUGAUUUGGUCUCUGCAUUGUGUAUUGCUGCAAUUAUUCUCAUUAGUGUUAUUAGCUUCCCAGGAUCCAUGGUUGGUAUGAUCGUCGUGCAGGCUUCGUCUAGCUUUGAUUCAUUCUAUUGGAUUCUUUACUUGUACGCGUUGACAGAGAAGGACUUUGUGAGCGUGGAAAGAGUUGAACAAUAUUCAUUUCUGGAGAGUGAAAAAUAUGAGCCAAGAAAUCCGCAAGUUGAUACCACUAAUUGGCCACAACAUGGUGAAAUCAUUUUUCACAACGUUUCUAUGAGAUACAAAUUACAUAAUGAAAAGAAAAAUGGCAACCCUACAGAGAAGAAGAACAAGUUGGUAUUGAAGGGAAUCAAUGCUCACAUUAAACCAAAAGAAAGAGUGAGCAUUUGUGGUAGAACUGGUGCAGGAAAGUCAAGUCUUCUCCAAGUAUUGUUUAGAUUGCAAGAAAUUGAGGAAGAUGACUGUGCGGAUGGAUUCAUAAAAAUUGAUGGAAUUGACAUUCGAGAUGUUCCAUUAACCAAAUUGAGAAGUGAAAUUUGCAUCAUUCCUCAACAACCAACGUUAUUUAAGGGAACAUUACGUGAAAAUCUUGAUAGUUAUGGACAAUUUUCAGAUCGUGAAAUAUGGCAAGCAUUAGAACAAGUUAACUUGAAAGACAAAAUUCAACACAUGGAAUCGAGUGAAGAGGAAGAAGACGAUGAAGAACAUCCAACUGCUUCCAAUGUGAAACGAACUGGUUUGGAUAUUCUUAUUUCUGAAAAUGGCGAAAAUAUUUCUGCAGGUACUCGACAAUUGAUUUGUUUAGCUCGAGCUUUAAUGAGAAAAUGCAAAAUUCUUGUCUUGGAUGAAGCCACAAGUUGUUGUGAUUUGGAAACUGACAAGCUCAUUCAAAAGACAUUGCGAGAAGCAUUUUCUUCACAUUGCACUGUAUUGUGCAUUGCACACCGAUUGGAAACGAUUAUGGAUUACGAUCGAGUUCUGGUCAUUGACGAUGGUCGAGUGAUUGAAUUUGACAGUCCUCAGACUUUGUUGAAUUCACCCAAUUCCUUAUUUAGUGCCAUGGCGUGUAGUAAAAGCACCUCUCAAGCCUCUCCCCAGUUUCCAAUUAUUAGAAGUCCGAUUCGAAACUUUUCAAAAACAUUUACCACCACUGUUGAUACUUUCUUCAUCAUGAAACGACUCUUUCGAUUUAACAGCAUCAACGACCAAUCUCCACCUUCCUCCAACAACACUCCUCGAAAACGAGCCACGAGCCAUGUAAAAACAGCAAAUCACCUUCUCGCUUCUUCCACAGCGACAUCGACUGGAACCAAUAUUGGCGAUCCGACUGCAUUGAGAUGUCUUUUCAAUAUUCAUAUUCAUGCUCUGGAAGAUUUUGAUUUAAUGAGUGUGGUCACAAAUUCAUCAUCAAAUUCUUCGAAUGGAGGUCGAAAUAAUAAUUCAAAUGGAGGAGAUUUACAACGAACGAAUAGCUUUGGAUGUAUGAAUAAUGGAAAUCUUACGAUUCAUGGAUUGGGUCACAAAAUGUUUCACAAUUAUUCAAAAGCAACAUCGAACGUUGACAAUCAAGAAAAUGGAACAGACACAUCGAGAAGUAACAUGUCAUCGAACAGUGCGACACUUUCUUCGAAUGGAAGUUUCAAGAGUGGAUUCAUUGGAGAUGGCGAGAUAGAAUCUGAAUCAGUGGCCGUUUCAAGUGCAUUGAUGAAACUAUUGCAAUCCAGAUAUUCCAUUCAUUGGAAAGUGUUAAAUCAAAGUGAAGAACGUGAACCUUCAUUUUCAUCAAUUUUAAGAGGUGGAAAUAAUGUCACAAUUGGAGGAACUACAGAACCUGCCAAUGUCAUUUCGAAAUCUCUUUCGAAUGAUGGGUUUUUCGAUGAUUAUGAAUAUAUCAAUAAUUAUUGGAGUCAAAAUACACCAAAUAAUAGAAAAUUCAUGCAAAAUACUUCCUCUAAUUUUAAAGACUAUGAAUAUGACUUUGUUUGUGACUUUAAGCCAAAAAAAGAAAGAACCAUUUCUGAAAUUGUAUCGCUCCUCAAUGGAAACAAUUCAUCCGGAGGCAGCGGAUCCGGAUCUCAAGAAGAUCCAUUCCUUCCUUUCUAUGUUAAAAAUAUUCAAUCCUUGCUUGAAGAUAAACCAAUUGUAUUGGAAAUUAGAGAGCUCAAGAGCAGUGGAAGUGGUCGAGUGACCAGUGAUAAGCGCAGUGGAUUAAUUCGAUUGAAUCUUGCAGAUUUCACAAUUCCUCCACACAUGAUUUAUUAUGGCAUUGGUUCCAUGACAAAAACCAUUCUUGUUCCAGUGGUUCUCUCCACGGAUUCUCCACCAAAUUCAAACCUCGUCUUAACUGCGAAACUAAGAAUGCAAAUAAGUUCCAUGUGGCUCACUGACACAUUAAUUUCGAAAGAGAGACAAAAACCACAAGCUCCAAAAUAUGACACGUAUUUCUUACUGGAUGAAAAUGAGUCCUAUAUUGUUCCAGAUUCUCUCGUCAAAAGCAAUCCUCUAUCUGCGUCUCCACCAGUUCCAAUUCUCAAGUCAAGUCGAAGUAGUAAUGGCCAACUCAAUGGAAGUCUUACAAGUCGAUCUGAGAAUUCCAAUAAUGAAAUUGGAAUUAUACCACCUGAUUCUCCUCCUCGAAAAACAAGCAAUUCCUCGACAGUGACCGUCCCUCCCUUAAUGGUUAAAAAGUUUUCUUCCAACACCAACCUUUCGUCGUUACAAAACUCGUCGACAAAUGGAAUGAUGAACAACAUCUCCAGUCUUGGAAAUAGUAAUAAUGGAACUUCCUAUCAUCCUUCAAAUUUUCUUUAUUCUCCAACGAAACCUUUCACAGAAAAUGGGUUUGCCUUGUCCAUGCAAGUGGAACGAUUGGACUCACACAUGAGAGAGGUAGAAGAUCUUUUGAAACGACAAUAUAAUACCAUGAGAGAACGAGUCAAUCAUGUACAAAAAGAUAUUGAUGAUUUGUUCUCAAUUUUGGAAAUUAUUGAAGCUGAAAAACAAGGAUAUUGUAAAAUGUCCAUUCCAGAAUUUGGCUUGUCACAACACGUAACUAGCAACAACAAUGAAAAUCAGUUAUUGCCAGGAGGUAAUUUUGAUAUUGAAGAGAAAUUGCAGUAUUUUGUGUUUUGUGAUCUACAGGGAUGCAAUCAAAUGUGGAGCCUACCUCAUGAUGACAUUACAAAAAGUGUCACCAUUUAUUACGAAGUGUUAAGAAAAUGUGUUAAAGACAAUAUGGGAGUUGACAUGACACCAGCUGUGAAACAUGACGAAUUUCACAAUAUCGUCAGUGACUCGGUCGUGUGUGCUUUUGAGACAGCCAAACAAGCUCUCAAAUUCACACUUCUCGUUCACACAAAAUUAAUGGAAGCCGAUUGGCCAGAUUCACUUUUAACACUCGAUGGAAUUUGCAUCUAUCAAAAGAAUAACAUCAAGUUAUUGUACAGAGGGCUUCGAUGUCGAAUGGGAGUGGUAGCACGCUCGAAAAAAUUCAAAGACACCACACUACAAGCCAUUAAGAGAGCCACCAUGAUCGCUCAGUAUGCACAAGGAGGUCAAACACUUGUCGAGAGUCAAGUCAUGGAAAAUUUAUCUGUGGAACAAAAAUCUCCAAAUUUGAAUGAAAAUGGAAAUAUUAACAAUAAUAAUACCAUUGAAUCAUUGGUUCAAAGAUUGGACAAUUGUAACAUUGAAGGUGUCACAAUACCUCGUACGACUACAACGCUUUAUUUAGUCAUUCCAAGACAACUCAAAGAACGAAGAUUUAAAGAAUUGGUCAAACGUGUAAAUACUAACUCAAAUGUAUCCCAACAACAAGAUGAAUCCUCUCCUCUCAUUCUUGAUGCAAGAGAAAUUCCAUUGAAUGAAUCAUGCAUGAUUAACGUUCUUCACUCUCGACUCUCGCAAAUGAAAAAAAAUUACAAAAUUGAAAUUGAGGAUCGAAUUAAGGAAAUUGACAACACAAUAUUUAAAUUGAAUUCACUUUUAGAGAGUUAUAAAAUCUUGGCAUCCACACAAAACGAAAAAGAUUUAUUCCAAAUUGUCGAGAAACAAAUGCAUACAAAUCUUAAAGACAUGUCGGAUGAAAUUGCAGACUUGAAAAAUAUUCACACGACGAAUUUGAGGACAAAUAUCAAGAGUUUUGAAACGGAGCUUUUGAAAUUGAGUAUGCAAUUGUUAGAUAUUCAUCAUCAUUCUAAUUCUGUCAUGCAACAUUCCACUUCGACCAAUAAUUUCUCGACAACGACCUUUGACAGCAAUGACGUUGUUCCUCACAACAAUAAUCAAUUGAAACGUCAUGAAUCUAACUCACGAAUGUAUUCAUCCUUUAGAGAACGCCCAGUCACAGCCGAUGCUUCCACCGAAGAUUUUAUGCCCUCUGAGGCCGAUGUGGAAGACGAUGCAAUGAUUGGAUCUGACAAGACCUCUCCGUCUUCACCUUUGAAGACGAUCAUGUCCAUGCAUGAUUUAAGAACACCUGCAGCAAAAUUGAAUCAGCACUUGCUUGAAAUGUUGAAUCAUAAUCAUACGAUCAAGCAAAAAAUUGAGCAAUUGAAACAAUCUUCCUUUCGUCAUGAACCAUCACCAACGUGGAAUAUUUAA